AUGUCCGGGUUCGAGACCCUCGGCGCGACUGCUGCCAUCGCGCAGCUUUCCGAGCUCUGCCUUAAGUGCGGCCAGACGACAGUACGAAUAAUCCGCUCCUAUCGUGACGCGCCCAAGGAGAUCACCCAACUGGCGCAAAAAGUCGAUCAACUCAAGUUCCGCAUUGGACAGGUCCAGAAGAUAGGUCGCGAUCUUUCAGACCUGGAGCUGGACGAUGUGUUUCCCGAAAUCCACAGAGACAUCUACUCGAACAGCUCGAAACGCAUCAUCAGGCGCUUCUGGAGAUUCAGGGCUUAG